AUGGAAAGUAUAGCCCAUGAUCAAGAAAAUUUAAAAGAAUUUCUCGCAGAAGCUGAACUUCAACAGUACUUUGAAUUGUUCAGGGAUAUACUGAAGGUGACAAAACUAUCCCAAUUAAAAUUUGUAGUAUCGGAAGACUUGGUUCAAAUUGGCCUGUCAAAACCUGAACAGCGCCGAUACAAGAAAGUAUAUUCCAAAUAUUUUCCCAACCCUUACAUAACUAAAAUAAAAAAGUUACUGACAACAAACAAAAAAAAUGAAACGUUUUCACUUGGCCAGAGUUCUAUUCCCAUUGAUUUUCAACCCUUUCCUGAAGUUAAUAUUAAAGUACCCACUAAGCACAUAAUUUCUAUUGAGGAUAUUACAAUUAAUAAAGAAUUAGGUAUGGGACAAUUUGGUGUGGUGCAACAGGGCACUUGGACAACAGGAAAUCAAAGACUCCAAGUAGCGAUCAAGUGUUUAGGACAUGAACGCAUGACUUCCAACUCCACAGAGUUCUUAAAAGAAGCAGCCGUAAUGCAUAGUAUUGAACACCCCAACAUUGUACGAUUGUAUGGUGUUGUUUUACAUUUAGACUCUUUAAUGUUGGUGACAGAGCUUGCUCCACUUCGUUCACUCCUAGAGUGUCUCCGUGAGGUUUCCCUACGUACAAACUUUCCAGUUCCAAACCUUUGCGAAUUCGCACAACAAAUCUGUGAUGGCAUGACUUAUCUUGAAAACAAAAGACUGAUUCAUAGAGACCUAGCAGCAAGAAAUAUCCUAGUAUUUAGCAAAGAUAGAAUAAAAAUCUCAGACUUUGGGCUAUCGCGUGCGUUAGGCGUGGGAAAGGACUAUUACCAAACAAAUUACAAUGUGAACCUCAAAUUACCCGUUGCCUGGUGUGCACCGGAAUGCAUUCUCUACCUGCGGUUUACAUCUGCCAGUGACGUUUGGGCUUUUGGUGUGUGUUUGUGGGAGAUGUUUACUUAUGGUUUUCAACCCUGGGCCGCCUUUUCCGGGCAGCAGAUUUUAGAAGCAAUUGAUGCCCCUAACUUUCAGAGAUUAGAGCGCCCUGAAUGUUGCCCUGAUAAAUAUUACUCUACUAUGCUAGAGUGUUGGUCGCAUGAUCCAAAUGAUCGACCAAAGUUUAAAGAUCUUGGACCCAAGCUUCGUGAUAUACAACCAGAACAGGUUCAAACAAUAACAGCCUUCCAGAAGCUAGAAGAAGGGAGGCGGGCAAACUUUUUGGAGUAUAAAGCGGGGCAAAUAAUAACAGUACUUGGCAAGGAGAGCAUGACAAAAACUGCUAUGUGGUAUGGUGUCCUGCCUGGGGGCACUUGUGGUAUGUUCGACCCUAAUCAUACGAAACCUUACUCCAAAACGGAGAGGGGGGCUGUGCACGCGCCCAGCCUGUCGCCGCGCCCGGGUCGCAGCUCGCCGCGCGCCCUCCCCUCCAUCCUCCGCUCGGACGCGAAGCGGCACACGUACACGGGCAAGCGGACGAUACAGCGCAGCAUGAUAUCCAGCCCGCAGGGGGAGGUGAAGCACACCGGUCACGUGGGCCUCGACGGCGCCUACUUCGGUGACAUCUCGUUCCUCGACCCAGCCGGAUGCCCGCCGCGCCAGGUGGUCACGCCGUACAAGCCCUCCGAGGACCUGGAGCAGGUGCCGCUGCUCAACCCGAACUCGCCGUCGCACCUUUCCGCCGCAUCGUGCACGCCCCCCUACCCGCUGCUGACCGCCUCACGGCCCGACGCGACGCCCGACUGCGACGAAGUUGACUUGUCCUACAGCGAAAAUAAAUCGAGGAGUCACAAAAAAUCCCACCUGAAAUCAGUUAACGAACCCACCACGAGCAAGAGUCUUUUGAAUAAGGUGAAGAGCGCCACCCUCGGCCGGUCGCACAGGGGCGAGGAGUCCGCCGCGAGGAGCGACGAGGUCCACGAGUACCACGAGAUCUCCGACACUGAUACGGAAAGUAUGGCGGCAGAUUUAAUUAGAGACGAUAACUUUGUACUGCCCGAUAGUCCUGGGAUUGCGAAGGGCUACACGGAAUUCGGCCAGAGCCUGCUUGAUGAGAUGGAGUCGAUGUUCCGUAGUCUCGAUGGCAGAAAAAAUGAUGUAUCAAGUAAGCAUUUCGACAUCGAAAGCGCUAUGAGAUCCCAUACGCUCAGCAAAGCGGAGAAGAAACGAAGCAUCAACACAGGUACAAUGAAGCUGAUGUCCGCACACGAUGAGAGGACCCUAGAUACCGCCGUAGCGCUGGCCAAUGAGAUCACGACUCGGUCGAUGAAUGACCUGGACGGCGACCACAAGUUGCCCGGCUCGCCGAGCGAUCGCUCCAAGUUCCACUUCAAGUUUCCACUGGUCUCGCUCCAUCACAGCACGGCCCACGAGACCGAAGCGGCCGGUAAAAAUGAGAAGCGAAACUACAGCGAAGAGGCGAAAAGUGUACCGGACAUACAGUCCACAAUAACGGAGGAGAGCAAGCUGGCGUACGCGAGCCUGAUAGAGGAGCCGACGCCGUGCUCGUCGCUCGUCGCUCACAUGGAGAUCUCCCGGAAGCCGGCGACGAUCCCCAAGCCCGCGCCCCGCCUGAAGGAGCCCCGCGCCAACUUCCUCUCCCUCCAGAAGCAGCACUCGCACAGGAGCGCGUCGUCGACAACUAAAGAAACAGUAAAUCAGCAACUGGUUGCAGAUGACAGCACAAACGAGCUGCCAUUGCCGCCGCGCACGACCAAGCCCAAGUUGGUGGACAAGCCGAGGCACAUCAGGAAGUAUCCCCUCAGGCUGCCGGACGCCCAGGCCGCGGCGCAGUCAGCCAGCGGCGAGCAGAACGGCCGCCUCAUAAUAUACCAGAACGCCGUGACCUGCUCAAUGAAGGAGAGGAACGGGCAGACGGAGAGGGGGCGCGCGGGCGGCCACGGCAACGGGGUCGACGUGUUCGACGGGCCGGAGAGGGCGCUGGCGCGCACGAAUCCGUUCGCGAGCGUAGCGGGCCCCGCAUCGGCGAACCCGUUCAACUGCUACCUGGAGACCGUCGCGGGCGACGCCGAACGCGACGCCGCCAAAGAGGGCGAGCAGUACUUCGAGGAGGGAUCGCUCGUCAAAGACCACGUCUCUGUUGAGGACCUGUUGGAGUUCGCGGAUCAAAAACCGUGCGGGAGACAACGCGGCGUCGAGUCCGACGAGGUCAGAAUAAUGAAUAAAGUUCUCAAGAAACAGGCGACGCCCGAGGAGUGUCUCGAGGCUUUGGAGCUGAGCGAGUGGAACGUCCACCACGCGAUCAAAGUGAUCAGGGUGAGGGUGUCCGUCGGCGGGCAGGAGGCGCCCGAUCUGGCGGACUGCAGCCGCGAGCUGUCGAACGCCGCUGGCGACGUGCUCAAGGCCGCGGCCGCACUAGUGCUCUGCAAACAAAAUGACAUACAA